AUGUCUCAAGGUAAAAUGAAGAUCCUACAGUCAAUUAGGAAAUCAAAUGGCAUAAAAUUUGUCAAACUGUUUCUUAUUCGUAAAGUUUUAACAGCAUCUGUUUAUCUGUUAUUUGAUUUAUUAUCUUUUGGGACCCGUUUCAAUCAAGAAAGCGACAUAAAUAUAUUUAAUCACUACAUUGCAACAUUAAUGUUCGAAAGCAAUUUUGCUAGACUUUGUGUAAGCAAUUCAUGUGGAGAUAAUUUAUCAAAUAUUGCCAAAGUUUAUGCAUCUGUAAAAAUAUGGUUUUUGAUAAGCAUUCGAGAAGGCUGA